AUGCUUGGCGUGCAGCGCUGCGAUGGAGAGACUCCAAUUUGUGGACCGUGCUCACGAGCACGCAAACCAGUCGACUGCACCUACAGUGACCCAUCCGCCUCACACCGGAGAAGCGCGCUUCUUCAGAAGGGAGCCGCGUGUUUACCUUGCAGAUGUGAUGCAAAGCGGCCAUGCUGCAACACUUGUCAUGCGGCAGGCAAAGAGUAUGAGUGCGCAUAUGACGAGGCAUCGCAGCAGCACCUCGCCAACGCGCUUUUGACGCGCACCCUCGAGCUCGAGGAGCGUCUCGCUCAGUUCGAGUCGCAGGACCAGCAACUAGCUCGGGUAGCCUCCGGCUCAAGUUCUUCGGAAUCGGAUCGGUCGUCGUCCCCUGGAGAACAGCCUUUGAUCGGGAACGUCACUCGUUCUCUGUUUCAGGAUAUCGCUUCUUUACCCGGUGGCGGCUCCGGGCUGAUAUGCCAGAAUACUUUUCAACUACGCUCUCUAUUCCUCAAGCAUCAAACACAGCUGGGUUUCUACUUCCGGGAAUCCAAGCUUAACGCCAUCCGAAACGGCGACUUCUCGGGACAGGUUAUCCAUCCUUCCAUGGUCCAUGCCGCGCAGCUGCUAGGAAGCUUAUUGUGGCGAGCUCACACCAAAACAGAUGUUUUGGUAGUUAAUGAAGAAGUCGAAAUGGGUGCAAUACUAAAUUCGCUCAGCGAGCCCCCGGACUCAGCAACCUUGGUCGUCAUUUAUUGCCUCCUUGCUUGGUACACUCUCUACCUGCGGCAAAUAGAUCCCGGCCGUGAAUACAUGGCCAAAGCGGCUAAUGUGCUCAUAUCCAACAACUUGCAGCUGACUCCGCCGCAUAUGGACGACGUGCUAAUGCUCGAGGAGCCCGAUGAAGACACCAAGGAAUAUAUCACGGCCGUCGGGCAGUACAUUUAUAAUAACCGGGUUGCGCAAAUGAUUCUUGGAUGGCCCUCAUUUCUCGACGAGGAAUACGACCGGCAACUGAAGUCACUCUCGUUUAUGCAACCCUGGCUCGCGAAACACUCCAUAGUCCUGAUGCGCUGCAAGAGCUUGAUACUGUUCAGAGAAGCCAUGGGUCUGUCUCAGAUACGCGCGGAUACGGCCGCUGCGACGUCCGCUGGUCCCGUCAUCGAGCACACAGCACUCCCGUCAGAGUGGUAUACCCGGUACUGGGAGACGCUUGAAGAAGUCACGUCGCACGUCGCAUUGCUCUAUCCACAGAUGCUCCAGGCGAGCCUAUGCUCGGAUCCCCAGCAUGCCCUUUGUCUCAAGGUCUGCCUCAUUAUUGCCCUUGCCGCGCAGGUCGAUCUGCAUCGCAUGCCCGGAACAUACCACUUGGAGUCGCGGCAAAAAGUGCUGUCUGUCAUUCUGGACGUCAUUGGCUUGACGAAGAGCCUGAAGGACGAAGACUACGCGAUGCUCGAGCCUAUAAUUGGGAUCUGUUUCACCGUCAUCGCUAAUGCCAUCCGCAACGAUCGGGAGCUGCUCAUAAGUAUAUCCCCGCGCCAAGGAGCCUAUUCCAAGGAACAAGAAGCGUUCAAUGUGCUCAUCAACUCUGCCCAGCAGCUCGCUACAAAGCUUCCGUACGUCGAAUACUCGUUGCAGGAACUCUGUGAUAUCGCGUCGACCGGCACUGCUAGGCCUCAAUAA